GCUACUCUCUCCCUAAUCCGGCGCUUGCUUGGCGUUGGCAGUGUCCAUGAAGAAAGGCAGCUAUCAUCAAGGCUCCGGGAUUCAGACAAAUCGCUUCAGAAUCAACAUUGAUCGCUUUGGUGGGCGCCAAAGUAUCUUCCGCAAUAGCUAUGUCAGAAUAGGCGCUGUUUGUGCAUUCUGUCUAUGCAGCCUCUUCUACGUGUCUGGCUACGGCAAUACCGUUGCGCCGGCAAUCAAUCUAGGUUUCGGAGGGCUCAUGAAAGAUGAUCCUGCCAUACCGAGUAUCAGGCAUUUCGACCUUGCCCAAUCCAUUGGGUCGCCUCGCGGCUGGGAGAAUGGCGAGCGCGUGUUGUUUCUAUCACCGUUGCGUGAUGCAGCGGUCCAUCUCCCCAUGUUCUUUAGUCAUUUGCGGAACCUCUCGUAUCCGCAUCACCUCAUUGACCUUGCCUUUCUGGUGUCUGACUCAAAGGACAACACCAUGAGUGAGUUGGUGGCCUUACUGGAUGACUUGCAAGCAGAUCCAGACCAGACGAUGCAUUACGGCGACAUCACCAUCAUUGAAAAAGAUUUCGGUCAAGCUAUUGGACAAUCCUUCAGUGAUCGCCAUGGCUUCGCUGCUCAGGGACCGCGUAGAAAACUCAUGGCACGCGCUCGGAAUUGGUUACUGAGUGCAACGCUCAAAGCUGAUCACAGUUGGGUGUACUGGCGUGAUGUGGAUGUUGAAACGGCACCUGCUACGAUUCUUGAAGAUCUCAUGCGGCAUGAUAAGGAUGUCAUUGUUCCCAAUGUCUGGCGACCGUUGCCGGAUUGGUUGGGUGGGCAACAACCGUAUGAUCUCAAUUCCUGGCAAGAAUCAGAGACUGCUCUGCAACUUGCAAAGACAUUGGAUGAAGAUGUCGUGAUUGUGGAGGGGUAUGCUGAAUUUGCGACGUGGCGACCACAUCUCGCUUACUUGCGUGAUCCAGAGGGUGAUCCAGAGGAGGAGAUGCCAAUUGAUGGGAUUGGCGGUGUGUCUAUUCUUGCAAAAGCGCGCGUCUUUCGAACAGGCACACACUUUCCUGCUUUCUCCUUUGAGAAGCAUGCAGAGACGGAAGGCUUUGGUAAGAUGUCUCGACGGAUGGGAUUUUCCGUUGUUGGCUUACCGCACUAUGUUAUUUGGCAUUUGUAUGAGCCGUCGGUGGAUGACAUUAAGCAUAUGGAGGAGAUGGAAGCGGAAAGGGUUGCAAAGGAAGCUAUGGCAGCAGCCGUGGCCAAGGAACAGGCAGGGGUGGGUGCAGCGAGUGCGCAGUGGGAGAGUGACAAACAAGCUCUGGGUCCAGCUGGUGCAGCCAUGGCAAACAAGGCUGACAAGGGAUCUGUCGCUGGUGAAAGCAAGCAACAGGAACAACAGCCUCUGCCACCCAUUAUGAAGGACAAGGAGCGUGGCAGUAUCAAUGGCCCACUUGCUCAUGUUGGCGAGGAAAUGGCACAGCAGCACGAGCCGGGGAAGGCACCCGUAGAUGGCGUGUCUGAGAAUGGCAUCACGCCUGGAUCUGGCGAGUCUGAGAAGCAGUAG